AUGGAGUUUCCAACUCUCGGUGAGCACUGCCAAUUUGAGGCCUGCAACCAAACAGAUUUUUUACCGCUCCAGUGUAAAUGCGGAAAAGUGUUUUGUCGAGAGCAUUUUAAUCAUCAUUGUCUUUCUGGCGACUGUGAAUUGGCGCCAAAACCAAAAGAAGUUAACCUUAAAAAUGAUGAUCAAAUAUUCAGAUGUUCUGAAAAAGGAUGCAGGAAAGGAAAUCUUCAUGAAAUGUUGUGUCCGAAAUGUAAUAAACACUUUUGUAUUGAGCACAGAUUCCAUUUAUCUUGUCCAGAGAUAGAUGACGUAACUAUGUCAAAGAAGAUAGAAGAGUUUGAGGCACCUAGAAGACAAUUUAGGGAAGCCAAUAAACACUUGCAAGAGAAGGUAACGGAAAACAUAAGAAAAGCAUUACAAUCAUCAGCUAAAGUAAAGACUGCCUCAAAGAUUCAUUUAAUGAGAAUUAAACAAAAGGCAGUUGGACUGAAAACAAUUCCUACACCGGACCGAAUAUACUUUGCUGUUAAAAAACCUCUAAGCAUGGAACCGAAACCAGUGAAAAUCAUCCGUGAAGAGAAUUCUUUAGAAAAAAUUGAAGGGGUAACUUUAGACCCCGACUUAAAAGACACAGUCCCAACAUUUAUAAGUUCUAAAUGGAGUCUUGGGAGAGCCAUUGACAGCAUUUGUGAAUCUUGCAAUAUUAAAAACGAUAAUAACAAAGUCACAAAUGUAAAACUAAGGCUUUUUAGGCAGUUGGAUAAUUACUGCAUUAGCCCUCUGAAAAUGGAUGUAGAAAUUUCAGAGUUAAUUAAAAAUGAGAUUUUGCUUGAAGGGGAUAAGUUGGUAGUUGAGUAUAUUUCUAGUAAUAUUCUAAGUGAAUUGGAAGAACAUGCUCAAUUGUUUCUGAGCUGA